GAGCCUGCCACUAUAUAUAUCCACCCAACUCGAUAACCUCUCUUCAUCAUCGGCGUCGUCAUCAUCGUCAUCAACAACAGAGGAACAGGCUUGAGAUCAAUGGAGGCAUCUUGUUUCUUCACCCCUAAAACUUCUUUCAACAAGACCUUAAAUCUUGUUCCAUCCAUCAGGACGCAUCCGUCGAUAUUUUGCAGGAAGAGGUUCGGGCAGCGCCUGCACGGGUUCGGAUCACCACCGCCACCACCAUCAACUUCUUCUGUGAUGGCUUCUUGCAGUUUGAGAUCAGAAUCACCGAGCGAUGACUACGAACCACUGAUCGAGUCGGACUGGCGAUCAUUCCGAGCUAGGCUCGUUGCGGGUGAACAAGCUUCAGCCCUAGCACCUCAAAGUGUCGAUCAAAUUCCGACACCUUCGAUACUUGGCGAUAAAUGGGCUCACCCUCUCUAUGAGCCAGAAAAGGGAUGCCUUCUUAUUGCCACAGAGAAGCUCGACGGAGUGCACAUUUUCGAAAGGACCGUAGUCCUCCUCCUCUCCACGGGCCCAUUAGGCCCAGUUGGUAUAAUUCUCAACCGGCCCUCUCUUAUGUCCAUCAAAGAGACUCGAUCCACGGACUUGGACAUCGCGGGCACAUUUUCGAACAGCCCAUUAUUCUUCGGUGGGCCGCUUGAGGAGGGAAUAUUCUUAUUGGGCCCCCGAAAAGGCAGCCCGAAUGACGGGGUCGAAAAUAGUGGGGUGUUUGAGGAAGUAAUGGCUGGAUUGUAUUAUGGGACUAAAGAAAGUAUAGGAUGUGCUUCUGAGAUGGUUAAGAGAAAUGUCGUAAGCGUGGAUGAGUUUAGGUUUUUUGAUGGGUACUGUGGGUGGGAAAAGGAACAAUUGAAUGACGAGAUCAGGGCUGGGUAUUGGAAUGUUGCGGCUUGUAGCCCAGAUGUUGUGGGCUUGGCAACUAGUGUUGGACUGUGGGAGGAAGUUUUGGGCCUUGUUGGUGAGAGGAAAGUGAUGUGAUUUAUUCACAUUUGGUGUUGAUGCGUUUAACGUCGUAUGUACAUGUAACUUUCUCUUUAGCAAGUGAAUAGAAUCACCAAUUUCAUGAUUAUCUAA